AUGGAAAACUAUAUUUCAAUCCUUAUAGCUUUAGUAAUACUGUAUGAGGUGGAAGCUGCAACAAAUUGUGACACACUUGGUACGUUGGUAUAUGAAGAUAUAGGCUGCCGACCUGUGAUGCAGGAAGGUCAUGAUUGUCCCAUCAGAUAUGAUUGCAACUUCGAGAGGAAGAAACACACUUGCAACUUCAGAGGCAGAAGCAUACCAAUGAGUCAGCUAAUUGGUAAUGAACAUAACUAUACCACAUGCGAGAGUUAUUGCUACUGUAAUUCGAGGGGAUUCUUCAUAUGCCCAGCCACUGACUGUUGUGAAAAUAUUGGAGAGCCACUGGGUCCUGGAUGUUACUGGAGAUACAAAAUCGGUGCAUGCUGUUCUGAUGGGCAAAUUUGUCCUUCUGGUGACAAAACCUUAGGCCAAUGUGAAGUAAACGGCAAGAUAUACUACGAGGGUGCUAGAUUUUCCGCCCCGAAUACCUGUUCCGAUUGCAUAUGCUCCAAACACUUCAAUGGCACUUUGGAGGCUCCCGAUUGUAUAAGGAGAAAUUGUGCUUCCCAAAUACAUGACUACAAAGCUAUUGCCAGCAACUGUGCUCCUUACUAUCACGUAUCUGGUGAAGAGAUCCUUUGUUGUCCAAAUAGAUGGAUUUGUCCGACUACUUCAGAUCAAAUCGUUACGGUCAACCCAGAUGCUGACAUACAUUCAGAUUUGAACUGUCGAUUUGGAGAAAAAACUAUGAAACUGGGAGAAGGUCUGCAUACCAAAGUCGUUCAUUGGGGGAAGAUUAAAAAUGCCAAAUGUGAAUGUAUUUUGCCCCCUUUUCUAACUUGCAAACCUAUGUCUGAAGCUGCACUGAAUUAG